AGAAAAUGUCACCCGAAACUAUUACUUUUAUUUUACUGCUUUCGAUUCCAUUCACGAAUGGAAACGGAUGUCAAGUUGUCAAUAAAGCAUCUACGAUGACUACAGCAACAGAGGAACCAACUACAAAUGUAGAAACCGAGAAAACCGAUGAUGGGGACAUGAGUGCAAUAACUCAAUAUGGAAUGGUGGAUCCAACAACAGAAGGAUGUUCAGAGUACCAAGCUGUAUGUACUCGUAAUGGCGCGAUUUGUAACCCUAUUCGUCUAAAAGCUAUUACACCAACAUCUACUGUUUCAAUUGGAUCAGAUGACCCGGCAAUUUCAUAUGCACCAAUUACAUGCCAAAAAGAUAAUACUUUUUCGUCCGGAGCCACGUGAGCUAUCUUCAUGAGCUAUCUUCAGAGCACAAAUUACUAAAGUGUAUUGCGAUU